GAAAUGUUUCUACUCGCGCGUUUGGCUCCGCUGAGCCUUCUGUUUCUGAUGGUUUCUGGUCAGAAGAGUAAAUCAAAAGUGGAUCGUCCUCAGGGCAGGACCCUGGGUCUUCUGACUCCUUUGUUACUUGGCGGUGGAGGGCCACUCUUCGACGCUCCCUUGCCUGUAGGACCACCCAUUCGACCUGGAUCAUCAUCUGCUGGCGGUGGUGGCACUCAAUCGGAUCCCCAGGACUACGGUGGAAGCUAUCCCAGCUAUGGAUAUAGACCCAACUAUGGAUAUGGAUAUGGGUAUCCCAGUUAUGGCUAUAACUAUGGAUAUCCUGGUUUGGGCUAUGGUUAUGGCCAGAGCUACUAUCGACCCAGCUACUAUAACUAUGGUGGAUACCAGAGACCUCAGCCGUAUUAUGGUUACAGACCAAAUUAUAGUUCCAUUUCAGCUGGAGCAUCAGCUGGUUAUCCCUCUUAUGGAGGAGGCUAUGGUAGCUCAGCUAGUAUCUCCAGCUCUCCCUCUUAUACUCCAGCAACAUCAGCAGUUGGUGUGGGAACUGGAGCUGGAGCAGGCGCUGCCGCUGGAAUUGGUAACACACAGCUUACUACAGCUCAGCAAGCUCAGUUAGCUGGUAUUUUGGGUCAGGCACUUGGCAGUAGUCUACGCCCAUUGCUGGCAAAUGGGGGUGGUGCAGCCGGUGCCACAGGUGCAGGAGCAAACCCUCAAGCUCUGAGUGGUCUACUCAGUCUGCUGGGCUAA